AUGUCCCACAACAGCGGUAUGCACGGAGCCGGCCAGUCCAGCGUCGGCCACGCCCCUAUCUACGAAGCCGGCGACCAGCGCAACGAGCCCCAGUCCGUCAUCAACGAGCGCGAGCGCUACAAGGAGGGCACGCAGGGCAGCCACAAGAACCUUGAUUCUAAGGACCAGCGCUCAAUUGCCAACAAGCUGGCCUCGCAGGAGGGUAAGGCCAACCCUUCGCACCACCACAACGAGGACGUCAACCCGGAGGCGGAGUUGAGCAAGAAUGAUCCCACGAAGCCGGCUCAAAUACACGGCAACAAGCCUUCCAAGGGUGCUCAAAUCGAUCGCGAGCUGCAGAUGGAGGAUGAGCAGCGACUGCGCGAGAAAGGCGUCAAGAAAUAG